CAAGAAACGCUGGAGGUUGUCGUAAAUCAGCCAUUAAAGUGAAGUAUGAAAGUUUGAAAGAUUAUCUGACUUAUGGGGAAAAGCGACUAUUUUCCCCGGAAUCUGGAGUAAAGCUUUUACGAUUCCGACAAAUUGCAAUGUGAACGAUGCGAACAACAGCACGGCGUUCAUUGCGGACUGCGAGCUAAUUUCGUCCAUCAGGACCAGUCAGUUAUAAUCAGCAGUAACAAUGCAGGUCAGUAGCGAAUUCAUCUGGAUAUCCCUUCCCCGUUUGGGUCCUCUAGGAUGGCUCCAAGAUCGCUUUCGUUCGUGCUGCUACUUGUGUCGUAUGCGGUCGCGUCGAAUUCCUCGGCCACGGUCUCUGCGUCUGCCAGUGCAUUCAGCAGCAGUACUCCUGUCACGAGUAGUACAAGCUCAACGAGCAGCGCGAGCACGUCAACUAGUGGCGUCUCAGCGUCUGUGUCAACAACGUCCUCGAUGACGUCCUAUCUUGCCACUGAGACUGAGCCACCAGUUUUCCCUGCAACGGAUCCUUUGUAUCCCCCUCCUGUGAGCGCAGACCCAGUGAUUGUGCCUGACUUUGCUCCGGCUUGGGCAGCCGCUUACACGAAGGCAACGUCUAUGAUCUCCAACUUCACUAUCGCGCAAAAAGUCAACAUUACUACAGGCGUUGGCUGGGCCAAUGGUCUCUGUGUCGGGAACACUCCUCCUGUUGGAAACUUCCCUGGGUUGUGUCUUCAAGAUUCGCCACUUGGAGUCCGGGAUACUGACCUCGUCACUUCGUUCCCCGCUGGUAUCACUACCGCAUCCACCUGGAAUCGUGCUCUCAUGCGCGCCAGGGGUCUUGCAAUCGGUCAAGAGAACCGAAUGAAGGGUGUCAAUGUCGCUCUGGGACCCAUGAUGAAUAUGGGCCGCAUCGCUCAAGGUGGACGCAACUGGGAGGGAUUCGGCGCUGACCCAUUCCUAUCUGGCGAAACCGCUUAUGAAACGAUCCUGGGUCUACAAGCUGGUGGUGUCCAGGCCACCGCGAAGCACUACAUCAACAACGAACAAGAAUGGAAGCGCACGCAGGAAUCCUCCAAUGUCGAUGAUCGUACCGAGCACGAAAUUUACGCUCAACCUUUUAUGCGCGCUGUAAUGGCGGGUGUCUCAUCGGUUAUGUGCAGUUAUAACUUGAUCAAUGACACUUAUGCUUGCAACAACAACAAGACCCUCACCGACAUGAUGAAACGCGAGUUUGGCUUCCAAGGCUUCAUCCAAUCUGAUUGGUCUGCGACGAUGAACAUCCUUUCUGCUGUCGCUGGUCUUGAUAUGACGAUGCCUGGAGACAUAACCUUCGAUUCAGGGACUUCUUACUUUGGUCAGAAUCUCACGGACUUGGUCAUGAAUGGCACUGUCUCUAUGCAGCGGCUUGAUGAUAUGGCGACGCGGAUUAUUGGUGCAUGGUACUACUUGCAUCAGGAUGAAGAUUACCCAAAUGCCACUGAGGUCAAUGCGCAAAGCGAUCAUUAUCUAAUUGUACGCGAGAUUGGUGCCGCUGGUACAGUUCUUCUAAAGAAUGAAGGCGCCCUCCCUCUGGACAAGCCGAAAAGCAUCGUUUUAGUCGGCAGUGAUGCUGCUCCACCAGUUUCGGGUCCCAACGAGUACACAGACCAGGGCGGCGAUCCAAGUGGCAUCCUUGCUAUGGGCUGGGGUUCUGGUACCGACAACUUCACGUAUCUCAUCUCCCCUUACGAAGCCAUUCAAGCACGCGCCAGAGUGGAUCAGACCAGUGUUUUCUGGAACUUUGAUGACUGGGACCUCGCCAGCGCAGGCAACUCCGUCAUUGGUAUGGAAACCGCCAUUGUUUUCGUCAACUCCGACUCGGGUGAAGGUUACAUCACUGUCGAUGGAAAUGCGGGUGAUAGGCAGAAUCUGAGUGCAUGGCAUCAGGGUGACCAGCUCAUUCUUGCUGUCGCUGCUCAAAACAACAACACUAUCGUGGUCACCAACUCUGUUGGUCCUUUGAUCAUUGAACCUUGGGUCGAACACCCGAACGUUACUGCCAUUGUCUGGGCUAACCUUGGCGGCAACGAAGCUGGCAAUGCCAUCGCAGACAUUCUUUACGGUGCCUGGAACCCAUCUGGAAAACUACCGUACACCAUUGCGAAGAGCCCCACGGACUAUCCUGCCCAGCUCGUAACGGGUGGUACUGCAGCAGAUAUCCUGUCCAUAAACUAUACCGAGGGUCUCUUCAUUGACUACCGCUGGUUCGAUGCACAAAACAUCACACCUCGUUAUGAGUUUGGCUUCGGAUUGAGUUACACGACUUUCGAGUACUCUAACCUUGCCAUCAUGGCAAUUAACCCCGCCGACUCCGCACAAAUGGACCUGGUUCAGAACUGGGAAGACGGUGGUGCAACACCCAUUGCUCAAGGGUCGACAACUGCUCUCUGGCUGCAUAUGCCAGCAUACAAGGUUACCUUCAAUGUGAAAAACACUGGUACUUUAUACGGUGGCGAGAUUCCCCAAUUAUACAUCCAUCACCCACUGUCAGCCGGUGAACCGCCUUCGGUCCUCAAGGGCUUUACGAACGUGGAGGUCUCACCAGGGCAGACUACCUCCGUAUCGAUAACUCUGUCCCGCUACGAUCUUUCUAUUUGGGAUGUUGUUCGCCAGGGGUGGGCAAAACCAGAAGGAACUAUCACUUUCUCUGUUGGGGCAAGUAGCAGGGACUUUAGGCUGAGUGGGACCAUUCCUUCAUAGAUUCUUAGGUCCUUGUAUUGUAAACAAUCUUGAAAGCUCUUUAGACAUGGUAGAUAGUGCACCGGUAUGUGGUGCAUCGUUGCAAUCCUCAAAUCAUGAUGCAACUCAGGCUUUA